AUGGCGAACCCUUCCGAACCCACCCCCUUGGCCGGUACCAACCGUCUGAUUACCUACCUCCGGACGCUGGCGACCUCGAAGAGAAGCCUGCCACAUGGACAGCUGGUCUGUGUGUGUGCGUCGCACACGAUCAGCACUACAGACGCUCUGCUCGAACUCGCCGAGUCCAUUGGGCCGCACAUUGCGAUUCUGCAGGUUCAGGCAGACAUCAUCGAUGACUGGAACGAAGAGACGGGUCGUCGAUUGAUGGUGUUGGCCAAGAGAUAUGCCUUUCUCAUCUGGGAAGGCGGGCGGAUACUCAAUGCCAGCGUUGACGUCGUGGGGAAGCAGUCGAACGAGUCGAACGAGGUGAAGAAGACCGUGAUCGACCUGAUCCGCAAGAAGUACACCAAGGGGGUCAUCAAACCAGCUUCGUGGGCAGGUAUCGCGACAGCGUGGGCUUCGGGAGUGGCCGUGGACAACCAGGAAGCCGACAUGCUUAUCCCGUCCUUGAAAGCCGCCGCCCGUGAAACGGUCGCAGAUACCGUCCAGACCAUCCGGACCGAAAUCACCGCCGAGCAGAGCGAUGACUAUGAGGAUGAACCAGAUAAUGAGAUCACUGAUGUGAAAUUCACCGUCAAUCAUGAUCUGGGAUCAGAGCUUGUCGUCAACAACGACGACUACAGCAUCAACGGGGACGGGUUACCCCUGAGGAAGGCCUCCACCAUCUCCCUCACACAAACCAUCACCCAGCACACGGAACCGUCUCAGGGCCAAGAAUCCAGCGAUAGCUUUGAGGAGGCAGCUGUCUUCCCCAUUGAUGAUCUACCCCCGCCUCCGCUCCUUGCCCGCGGCUUGGUCCUGUGCCUCCCUUCUGCCAACGACACCUCCUUUACAUCGGAAUACCGGGAGACCUGCAUAGCUGCUGCUCGUGCCAACCAGGACUUUGUUAUUGGCUUCAUGAGCACCGAACCCUGGGACAUUGCAUCUCAGAGAAAUGGCCUCGAAAGCUCGCCUGCGAGUUUCAAUGGAAAGGGACGAAAUGGGAGAAGAAGGCCCGAGGAUUUAGACGAAUCGUCGUACUUUGCUCUCUUCUCCUUGGUUCCUCAUCGCUACGACACGUUUCAACCAUCAAAUGGCCGAUGGGACUUGCUUGAGGAUGAUGAGACCGUCAAUGAUGAUAUCUCCACAGAGCCCCUCAGUCCUUCCAAUACCUCGUUCAAUCCACACGCAGCGAAAUUGCAUUCCAUCAUCGGACAAGCGCUCAAAUGCCGCGACGCGCAAAGCAGCGACCACACCCAGGUCGACUCUUGUGAAGACCUCAAGAUCAUUCAUGUCCCGGUUAUCUCUCUGCCAUGA